AUGAGUACGACCUCCCCUUCGAGCACUGCAGACUAUUAUGGCAUCCACACCGGUCCGUGGAUCAACUGGUCAGAUGGUCGAAUCCUUGGGGGCACCAUCACCCUCACCCGCCGCGACGGUGGUUUCCUGAUCUCCCUAAUCGCACUCUUCAUCACUUGGACCGGCACAGCUUUUUGGAGACUGUCAUGUUUCUUCAUUCACCAUUACUGCUCGUCUGAAGCUCCCCGAGAUGGGGUUCAUCAUCAACGACAAGCAGUUCUCCGCAACUCUGCCAACGGAAUAAGCGGACUCUGGGCCCUUGCGCAAAUGGCUUGGGUCUGGCGAGACAAGACACCUCACGCACAUCGUCGCAUGGUCCCACUCCUGCUGUUCACAAUCACCUGCCUCGGCUGCUUCGCCGUUGCCGGCAUCUUCUCCUCCAAGAUCGCAACCUCGACGGCAUCACAAGUCCUCAUCUCCGGCCCUUCAUGUGGUCAACUUUAUACAGACGGCAAUACUAAUGAAACACUAUUAGACACCGUCUACCAACCCUUUGUACACGAGAAAGUGGUGGAGUGGGCCAACUUCGCCCAAACUUGUUACAAAAACAGUUCUAAUCCGGCGGAAUGCCAAAGAUACGUCCAGCUGAAGCUUCCAUAUUCGACAAAAAGGAACGCAAGCUGUCCAUUUGGAGGAGAUAUUUGUCAGACAGAGUUCGGAAAUCUCGAGAUCGACACAGGGUAUAUCGAUAGCAACGAGCACCUGGGACAUAAUGACCCUCCUGAGCUACGGUUCAAAUUCAGGCAUAUACUCAGGUGCGCACCUUUGGCCACACAAGGCUACAAGCAGCCGUACACGUACGCCUCGGAAGGCACGCAAUCGCGGUACGUGAGGUACUACUAUGGGGAGCUAAGGUCUCCAUACAACUACACUUACGAGUACCCUAUUUCAUCAUUUCAAGAGUGGCUAGACCAGAACUUUACCGGUCCGUUUCAAGAUUAUACUCUCAGUAUCCAGUCCGCGUUGUACCGGAACCAGUCACUGGAUGCUUUUUCUACCUUCGAUCCCAUCCCAGAGCUUCGUUACUAUGAUGGCGACAUUAAAAUUUUUUUUUUAUCGUCCAACUUCGUGGCAUUUGCGAAAGAGACAGACGACCCUUGGUAUUCAGCACACUCCGAGUUACUCGAAGUAGGGACUAUCCAAGCAACCGGAACCAUCAGUACAUAUGCCGGGGAUGAGCCAGCGUCACCUCUAGCAUGCGUCUCCCAAUACCAAUUCUGUAAUCCCAACCUACCCUCGGAUAAACAGUGUACCGCCUUGGGUCCAAUGGGGGAUGCAUUUGGUGGAAUUACCAAUCUUCGGCUUAGUCGCACACAGGAGGCAAUGAUUGAGUGGUACUUACCUGUUUUGGAUAGCGAUAUAGCUCAAGUAAUAAUGAAUCUGGGAAUAACUGGGUUGACUGCAAGAUAUGGGCUCACCUACGGAGUUCAGGGACCUCUUCCAAAUGGCCAGUGGCAAAUAGAUGUCGAAUACUGGUUCACGGUAUGGUUGGCCUACAUGCAAGGAUCAAUGGUCUUGUAUGCCACGGGUCCCUCGAACCCAGAGAUGAUGGCUUGGGUUGAUACUCCAAAGAAUGAGGUAGAAAGAUCCAUUUGUCGAAAUCAGAAAAUCGUAACGACCGCCUACACCAGCUUCAACACCUUCGGUCUCUGUCUCACCUUCAUAGUCGGCUGCAUCAUCAUCGUCUUCUCCUACACAAUCGAACCUCUCGCCAGCUGGAUCCAAAAGCGCCGCAGGUUCGACAACUACUCGCGUCUCGAGUGGUGUGCGAACGAGACGCUGCAACUGCAACGCAUGGCGCACGAGGGGUUGGGCGUGGGAACCUGGCACCAUGGCGCGGAAGCCAUUCCCUACACCGACAACGGCGAGAGGCUGGCCACGCUUAACCUCGCGAAUCCGGAACAUCCACGGCUGGAGGCACCACCGACGCAUUUCGACAAUCUGCUCGCCGGUGAAAGCAAUGAGAACCCCGGAGCGUCUCCCGGCAUUACAAAGGAGUACGAUCUGGCGGCUUCUACGAAGUUGGACCCUGGGCGUGGUGUCAAUGAGGUUCGGGAUACUUCGUCUAAUGAGCAUUCAGAGCAGCAGAUACCACCUGAGAGACCUCCGAGCGCCGAGGAGUUGGAGGAUAUUGGACGACAUGUUGGUGUGUCGAACGCAGACUAUAGUGGUUGA